UAGAGACUUCAUGCCAUCAUUUACAAACAACAGUAGUCCCUUUUCUGUACGAGUCCAGCCAGGUAAGAGGCGAGAGUCGGGAGGGAGAACUAAACCACCAAAUCCAUCAGUGUCAGGAAUGUCUUCCACAUCUUCAACAUCAAGUAGUACAGAGGACACUGACACAGAUGAAAGUAGUGAUGAAGACUCCAUUCUUACAGAUAGUGAUGAAUCAAACACUAGUGAUUCUGUACCAAGACAUGUCACCUUUAGUUCUAUUUUCACUACAAUGAAGGAAAGCUAUGGAAUUCACAUUAUGAAUCCAUCUGUUCUUUCUGAUUCCUUAUACAAAAGGUAUGUUACUAUUGGUGAGAAGGCCCUCCUGUACAAAACUGAAGAAGAAAGAGAAGAUGAAUAUCCGAGAAAUACUAGCCUCAGGAAAAAGUUAUGGUCUCAAAGUCACAUUGAUCUGUAAGUGUAAAGACAAAAAU